GUUAUUCUCGCUGCAGUAUCCUGGGUGGACCGCUCCCCCCUCCACGAUGCUGCGAGUCAGGGCCGCCUCCUGGCUCUGAGGAAUCUCAUUUUACAGGGUCACAAUGUGAAUGCUCUGACUAUAGACCAUGUGACACCCCUUCAUGAGGCCUGUGUUGGAGACCAUGGCGCUUGUGCAAGAGCUCUCGUUGAAGCAGGGGCAAAUGUCAAUGCUUCUACAAUUGAUGGAGUCACACCGCUGUUCAAUGCCUGUUCAGUGGGCAGUGUGGCAUGCACUGAAAUUCUUCUGCAAAAUGGAGCAAAACCCCAGAGCCUUAUAUACAAUCCAUCGCCAAUCCACGAGGCUACAAGCAAAGGGCAUUACGGCUGUGUUGAGGCUCUGGUGACUUGGGGGGCAGAUGUGGACAUGCACAUUCCUCACCUGGGCACAGCGCUCUAUACGGCCUGCGUCUGCCAAGAGCUGGAGUGUGCCAGGAAACUCCUGAGGGAAGGUGCAAGUGUACAGAAAGGCAAAUACCUGGAUUCCCCCUUACAUGCAGCUGCAGAAAAAGACUGCACAGCUGUGGUGAAGCUGCUGCUGGAGUUUGGUGCAGACGUUAAUGCCAGGAACUCAGAUUGUCAGAGGCCAGUAGACGUGGCUCCACCCAGCAGUCUAACAGAGGGAUUCCUACUGAUAUACGAAGCUACGCCUCGACUGCUGGGCCAGAUGUGUCGUCUGUGCAUCAGGGACUGCGUGGGUUGUGACAGACUCCAUCUUCUCUCCAACCUUCCCCUGCCUUAUAGACUCAGGAACUACCUGCAGUACAAAUGACAGGCAGUCAAAAUGGGACUUGCUGAAAAGAGCCUUUGUCAUUGAGUGCAUAUGAACUCUCCCUAUACCUUUAAUUUUAGCUAGCAGUUAAUUGGUCACUGAGUAUCUGGCAGUACCACGCUGUGUCGAGCUAGCCUGCAUAUGUGCUUGUGGAACUGGAUCAAUGUAAAGCAGGGGGUUAAAAGAGUCCGUGGCUUAACCUUCCCUGGAUACAUUAUGGUUAAAAGGUAUUAUCUCACAUGUAGGUCUGCCGUGAAGAUGCCCUAAUAGUUGCAAUAGCUACCAGGGAGUGAUGCACUUUUGAAACUUUACAUGAAUAUGAUGUCGGAUAAAGACAUAAUGUAUGUGAGUGAGUAUUCAUAGUUAGGCAUUUGAGAUAUAAUGCAUUGCACACUACUAGAAGAUUACAGAUUCAGAUUUCUGAAACCUGGUGCAUUCCUAAAUAAAUUAUGUAUUUUAGUC